AUGUCAACAUCUAAACUAACUCUGGGCCAGUGGUCAAAGAUACUCGAUUUCCUGAAAGAGGAGACCAACGUCUAUGUCAAGUCUGAGCGGGACUGCAAACGAUUCAUAGAAGGGGUUCUGUGGAUGAGCAGGUCAGGCGCUCCGUGGAGGAUGCUUCCGGCAGAAUACGGCAAGUGGUACAGCGUGUACAGGCGCUUUGCCAGAUGGAGCGAGCAGGGUGUUUGGGAGAAGAUGCAUCUGUACUUCUCCAAAGAGCCGGAUAUGGAGCAUCUGAUAAUAGACAGCACGACAGUGCGUGCGCAUCCCUGUGCUGCGGGUGCCCCGCAUAAAAAGGGGGACAGCAGUCGCAGGCUCUGGGAAGAAGCCGAGGCGGCUUCAGCACGAAGGUGCAUGUGA